UUUAUUUACUGUGAAUGCCCCCAGCAUGACCUUGGUGACGCUUUGCCGUUGCUAUUGCAGUCACAGCGGUGUUCAUCCAGUAUCUCCUUAUAUGGUAUUUUAUUUACAAUGCUCGUUGGUCUUGGCUCUCAGCAGAGGCGACUGUCAAGUGUUGCUGUUACUCUCUUUAUUUUCUGUUCUUUUUUUGUUCCAUCAUCUUGUUUUGGGCUUGUUUGCCUCUUUUUUUCCUCUCCGCCCAUCUUCUCCAUUUACGGAUCUUCUGCCCCUCUGUUGUGUUGUUUAUUUUUCUUCUUCCUCUCUUCCGAUUCCUGUCGGUGUUGCGUUGAUUGUAUGAGCACGGUUGUUUUUAUUUUCCUUUGCUCCAAGAACCCAUCCAUCUACUUUUGGCCGGCUAUUAUUAUCACUGUGGUACCUCAGCCUCUUUUCUGCUAUUAUUUUGCGUCGUCUUCCCCCCCGUUUCCGUUAACAUACGGUGCAAAGUGUAUUCGGCUUAUUUUUUCCCCUUUAUUUUUCCCGCCUUGUCGCAAACUAAAACGCAUUCAGACUCGCUCACCUGAGCGUACGCCAGCUCUAUAUAUAUUUCCUUUUUCCUCAUAACCCUUUCUAUUUUUUCCUCUUGUUGAGUUCGUCACUUUUGUUAGUAUUCGCCUAUUUCAUUCUAUUUUUUGUUAUUGUCCUUUCGUCUAUUUUUAAACACGAGCUGCAAGAAACAACAACUGC